AUGGCGCCUGGCAUCUAUCGUGGUGGAUUACUUUUCAUAUUUGCUAUCUCUAGUAACGACAUUGCUCUCUACAAUUUGAGGGGCCGCCGUCCUAGUGCUACAGUCUACGAGCUAUUGUGUGCAAGCUCUCCAAUCGCCUUGACUGGCGGUGACCACACUGGAGACUUUGAAGCUGUUGGUCAAGCCCGUUUGACACAAGGCUUCAAAGCUAGUGUAAUGAAUGCCACCGAGGAUGUCAAGUGGCUCGACUCUUCCAGUAUCGUGAUCGAAGACUUGAAGAAGCCGCUCAAUGAUUCCAGCGGGGCCAAGUCAAAGACCUUUGACGAAAGGUUUGUUUUUGUUCCAAGAUCCCAAGGCUAG